GCAUGGGGAGACACGUUCCCAUCCUGCCACCCAAUACUUGAAGAGCAUCACUCUCCAAUCAACCUGGAUCAUCAUAUGACCAGAAAUGAGUCAUUGGAGGCUUUACAUCUGGAUGGUUUUCAUACUGUUCAUACAGGACACUGGAAACUGAAAAACAAUGGGCACUCUGUUGUGUUGGAGGUUGGGAAUGGGAUGUCUGUGAGUGGUGGAGGUCUUCCAGGGACGUACCACACAAUCCAGCUCCACUUUCACUGGGGAAGCCUCAACACUAACGGCUCAGAGCACACUGUGGACAGGCACAGGUAUCCUAUGGAGAUGCACAUAGUCAACAUGAAGUCGAGUCACCCCAAUUUGACAUCUGCCUUGGAUGACCCAACUGGCCUUGCAGUUCUUGGAUUCUUUAUUGAUCUUAAUUACAUUGAAAAUGUACACUUUGGACGCAUAUCACGACUACUUCCCGCCGUUGCCUACAAAGGUCAAACGGCGACAGUCAAGCCAUUCCCAUUGAUCGGCCUUCUGCCUGAGAGCCAUUUGUCCCAGUACUACCGCUACCAUGGGAGCCUCACCACUCCACCUUGUUCUCAAGCCGUUCUAUGGACCCUGUAUGAAGUCCCCAUCUAUAUCUCAUGGUCACAGUUUGAACAGUUUGCCACUGGGAUUUUCGGCACAGAGGAGGAUGAAAAACUUGUCGCACAUCUCCAUGACAACUUCCGACACAUCCAUCCCACCUUCAGUCGCAGCAUCUACGCCUCCAAAAAUGCCAAGCUGAUUACAGCGACGGCCAGUUACCUCUAUAGCCCAGCACUCUCAAUACUUCUCCUUCAACUGACUUCAACUGUUGGGCUCAUCUACGGGCUCUAGCUCUUUGCGCAGGGCUGUUUUGUUGAUGCUAGCUUCACACUCUCUACUUGAGACAGCAUCAAGGCCAAGAAACCAAUGCCGUAGAAUAUAUAUAUAUUUUUUACAGAGGAUACAUAAAAUACUGUGAAAAAUAAGUGUACUGUUUACGGUGAUUGACCACUGUAUGUUUUCAUCACAUUACUGUCAUUGCAUUCAAUUAGAAAUGGUUUAAUGUUUCAUUACAUGUUUAACAGUUCAAUUCAUAACAUUGUGUAGACUAGAUCUAGUACUGGUAACAGUACUAAAAUGUAGUUCAUCAAUGCUACUGUGUAUGCAUCUCUGAUUGUACUACAUUCAAUCACUACCUGACCUACUGUAUUAAUUAAACAAAUAAUUGAAUUUGAACUCUGUGUUUACAUUCCCCCUGGUGGCCAUAUGACAUUGCUGUAUAUUCCCUCAGCAACUGCUGUGGGCAAGUAGCAGAGAUAUUAUUUCCCUGCCUGCCUUCCCUUUAUUUUGCAUGAAUUUGAUCCACUUGAAACUGUCAUCAGAAGAACUUCCCCACGCCACACCACUGCUCUGCAACUACCAGGGGUGACUCACUCAGAGUGAUUGGUGUGACAUGCUUAUACUGUGGGGUUGUACGAGUGAGAUGAAGAUUGAUAAAGUAGUGGCAUUACAAAAUCGGACACUUUGUCCAGUUCUGGCGGUUGACCAAAUCCAAUAUGAUAAAGAGAAUAGUGAUCCCGGGUAGCCUGACAGCCUGACCUGUGUAUCCAUGCUGACUGUAUUGUCCCCAUACUGCUGGUCACACCAUCCACCUCCUGUCACUGACUUGGUGUGGCAGAGGGCAAACACACAGAGGCCACUCUGUGUCUGUCCGGAUGGUGGAGUGUGACUAUCAGGACUUGGCUGGGUGAGAAUGAGAUCACUGGCAUCAUGGGGGGCCUCAAUCAUAUGUAGUUUUAUUACAUUUCUUUACUGACCAUACCUGUUAAGUGGUUGAUGCUAUUGAUGUAAUACUGUUGGAGUCAUUAGGAUCCCUAGAAUUGACACUGCCUGACUGCUUGAAAUUGGGGAGAAAUCACAUGAUUUGGUCCUGAACCAAACUGUAGCCUACACACUGACACAGACAGUAGGGCAUUGUUUUAUCCAAGGACAGCUGCUCUCCAUUUCUGAAUGUUGGUUUAUUCAUGUUGCUUAUCAUGGGUGAAGGUAUGCAGGCAUUCUCCAUUGAGGUUUCAAACUUGAAAUGUUAUUUAUUCAAUUAUGUCAGUUGAUACUAAUGGUUUACUGUACAGUCGUGGUCAAAAGUUUUGAGAAUAACA